UCUGCAAGGCAGUGCAGUAUCCUCCGUCCCUCUACCCAUUUCAUAUCUGCUCAGCUCUGCCGGCGAAAGGAUCCAUCAGUCAAUAAGCAUGAAUGACGAAGACUACAGCAGCAUCUAUGACAUAAUCCAAAAAGAGAGAAUGUAUGAAGUCCCAGAUGAGCCUGACGGAAAUGAAGGUCCCUUUUAUGAUGAAGUCCAUGAAGACCUAGGGCCGGAAAGCAGCUGGUACGCCACUAGGCUGGAAACCGACGAUUAUGAUUCCGUGCCAGUCAGUGUCACCAGGGGUGAAGAAAAUAGGUUGGCCUCUUCCCACCCAGAAGCAGGAGACUACGUGCUGCCUGAUGAGAUGUGUCCUGAGGAUCCUCAACCAGGCGAGCCCAACGAGGACAAAGACAGCUCAGUGGGAGAAGCUUAUUCUCCAACCCAGGACCAGGAGUUCUGCGUGGAGGAGCCCCAGGAGGACGAAAGCAUGACGAAGGAAGACUUGCCUUCUCUUUCGAGCUUCACCAUCCAGCAAAGCGAGUUCUCACCAGUGAUGAAACAGGAAAACAGAUGUUCCAGCUACUUGUUCAUGAGACUAGCCUACAUGAGCAUCAUCUCAUCUCUUAACCUCUUGCUCUUCAAGUCUCCUGUGAUUCCAUGA